CUACGAAAUCCAACAAAGCACAUGAAAAGACGUUGUUCUAGCCAAUGCAGACGACUUGAUUCCUCCCCCAUUUGCCUCGAUGUAGUCGCCGACAGAAGCUGUGCGAAAUGGGCAAUUCACCAGCUAAACCCGCGGAGCCUGAGGUCGUACAGUCUGAGAGUGAUCGCAAUGCCGAGGAUCCUCUAUCUUCCUCUGUGCCUGAGUUUCGUCACUUGACAACGCUAUCCACGGGACAAGCGGAACCCCUUAGUCGUGGUGACUAUGAAAUUGUACCUCCAGACCUUCGUCGUGGAUCCUCUGUAAGCGACGAGAAACUAACUGUGCCCACAGUUUUCAAGUGGGAAAAUGGUGGCAAAAAUGUCAUGGUUGCUGGAUCAUUUUCGAACUGGGAAAAGAUCCCCAUGACAGAAAGCUAUGAUAACUUCUCCUUUAUUGCUGAUCUGCCGGUUGGGAAACACGAGUACAAGUUUCACGUCGACGGCCAGUGGAUACACGAUCCGAGUGAACCUACCACACGCAACGCCAUGGGAACGCUCAACAACGUUGUGACGAUAGAUAAGGCUGAUCUGGAUGAGCUCGACCUGGAUCUGGAUUCACCCCAGCAGUCCUAUUCAAGUUCACCACCUGGAGAAUACAGCCAAGAAGUGCCGGAGAAGUUUCUUCCAGGUGUACCGCCACAGCUGCCGCGUCUCCUGCAUCAAGUGCCGCUCAACAGUGAGCAAGACCCGCGGUGUGACCCCACGGUUUUACCCACACCUGACCACGUGCUGCUCAACCAUCUCUACGCAUUGUCAAUCAAGGAUGGUGUGAUGGUCCUGGCCACCACACAGCGAUAUCAGCAUAAGUUCGUCACAACUCUUCUGUACAAGCCAGUCGUGUAACUAUCUGCGUAGCUUGGUGUGGAACAGGCUGGAUAUCACAGGUUCAUAGCUCUCAUGACUGGAUAUCACAGGUUCAUUGCUCUCAUGGCUGGAUAUCCCAGGCUCAUGCUGGCUGGCUCCUAAAAUGUAUGUAAACUCGCUCAUUGAUCAGCUGCAUGAUUGAAGAUUGG